CUUUCAGUAAAUUUUAUUUUUUGAAAAAAGAAAUGUCAAAAACAAUGCCUACAAGAUCCUCCUCGAGGGUGAUCACAAAAAAGCAAAACACAACCGGGAUAGUAAAGGCUCCUACCAAGCAGCAAGCUCUAAUCCGUAAAACCAAGAAGAUAAUUAAAAAAUGGAAUAUCAUUCGUAUUCGUGACUUUAAGAGACAAUCUGGGAAAAUGAUGUAUUUGGUUGAGCGUGAAGGGCCUGAUAACGACAACUGGGAAUCUGAAGAUAUGAUUGAGAGCUCCGAUAUUCUUACCGAAUAUCAACAGAUGGUUUUGAAUGAGUCAGGUUAUUCCAUUAUCAUUGGAGAUCAACAAGGUCACCAAAGGCACUCUAGAUCCUCUAAAACUCGCGCAGUUAUGGCUUUGAAACAGUCUGAAUAUGAUGAUAUGAAUGUCUUUGGAAGCGAAAGUGAUGCCGGUGAUGUUCAAACUGCUAAUAGAAGCCGUAGACCAAGUAAAAAAGACAGUGUUACAAAAAAGUCUAUCAGAAAACUUACAGGAGGAAGAAAAACGAAGGCCCAGAUUUUAUUGGAAAACCAAAUCGAAGAAAGAUUGAAUCGCAUGGAGAUGAGACGUAGUCUCAACAUUGAAAAAAUUGUGGAGCAUUCAAAUUGUCUUGGUGGGAAAGAGUGUUGCUUGCAAUGUGGUGCUAAUAUAUACAGAGAAGCGCUUGAAAAAGAUGACUUAAACCAGUUGGAAACCGCUUUGAAAGAUAAUAGUAUUACCAGCCAUUCCUAUGAGGAUAAAUCUAAUGGCCUUGAUUUCACUCGGUAUGCAGUUUUGCUCAAAAAGCCAAAUUUUAUUGAGGCGGUUCAAAAUCACUACAAAGAUCCAAGUUCAACCAAUUUUCCCGAAGUUCCAAGAAAGUAUACCGAAUAUGAUGGUGGAAAUACUGGACGAAAUGUAGGAAUGGGUGAAUACAAUAACCGUAAUUUUAGACGUGUGGAAGAGUCAAGAGGAAACCGUGUUGGUGAUUCGGUCUUUUAUAGAGACGAAAAUGCUAAAAAAUCCUUGAUUAAUCUUGAAAGUGGUAUUGAAGAAAGUUGCCUUUUUUCUUUUCUCCCAUAUGUUUCCAAAGCUCCAUUUUGUGACGAAUCAGUAAUCAGUACCUAUAUGCAAAAUUUUGAAAAUGGCUCCCAUGAUGUUUACUAUGUUGCAGCUUCUGGAAGCAGAAUUUUGGCUGGAUAUUUACUUUCACAUAUAACUGAUGGGCGAUCAACUUUUAAUCAUCUUCACAAGGAAGUUAUCGAGUAUUCAAAUAGAGAGACCUUGACCACUUACAAAAGAAAUCAAGUCUUAAAAAUGGCUUCUGAUGCAUUUAAUGUUACUCCAUAUCAUCUCUCUGCUAUCAAUCCAAGCGCUAUUUAUUUGAGCGAGUUUUACGAAAAACUUGACCCUGCUGAACGAUUAGAUACCGAUGCUUUUGGUAGAUCUGUUGCAUUUUUUGCUGCCGUCAGUGAAACAUCUGAUUGUCUGGAGUUUCUUGUAUCAAAAGGGUUCAACCUAUCCCUUGUUGACAAAUACAAAAUGUGUCCGCUCAUUCAAGCUGCUCGAUUUGGUAGAAGUCACAAUGUUGAAAUUUUAAUUAGACAUCUCCGUGGUGGUCCUGAGGUUACGACUACUUCACCCUUUGUAUUUCAAACCGCUGUACGUAACAGAAGAACCGCAUUGCAUUAUGCCGCUUUUUUUGGUCAUGCUGAAACGUGUGCUGUUUUACUCAAGUAUGAAGCUCCCGUCGAAUGUAUUGAAAACCUUGAAAAACAAACUCCCUUAAUUUUCGCUGCGAAGAAUGGUCACGUUGAGUGUGUUCGUGUAUUGAUAGAAGAAGGAAAGGCUAAUCCCGAAAAAGGAGACAAAUUCCUAAGAACAGCCUUGCAUUAUAGCUGUAUGAAUGGUCAUAUAAACGUAGUCAAAUACUUGCUUUCCCUCGGCGUGGAUGCCAAUGUUACCGAUAGCUCUAGCAAUUCUCCUGUUCAUUUUGCUGCCGCUUUUGGAUACAUCAAUAUUCUACAUUUACUUAUUGAGUAUGGUUCUGCUAACCCAUCUGUAUGUAAUGUCUGGAGAAGCACACCAUGCUCUGUUGCCAAUAUGAAAGGUCAUAUUGGGAUUGUCAAGUAUCUUCUCGGUAUGCCCAAUAGUAAAAUCGACGUUAACUUUAAGAACCAAACUGGGUGCAUCAUGCUACAAAAUACAAUCGACGAGUCUGUAGAUACAUAUAUGGAAAAACAAACUAACAUUGAAAAGGUUAAAUUAUUACUCACGAUGAAGGCCGAUGCUAACAGUGUUAAUAUUGAAGGAGAGACCUCCUUACAUACAUUGGUUUCCAAUGUUUCUUAUUCUAAACUUUUACCCAAGGGUUGGGAAACGUUAUGCUCUAGUCCACGUUAUCAUUUCCAAGCUAGCCCAGUUAAACAUGAUGAUAUUGAAGGUGUGGAUUACCAGAAUACUUUGGCCGAUCUUCUGGUCAAACAUGGUGCCGAUUUGAACAUUAAAGCCUCGAACAACGAAACUCCACUUGCUACGGCCAUGCGUUUGAAAAAUCAUCAUUUAGUUGCUACCCUUAUUAAAUAUGGAUCAAGAUUCUGGACAGAUGUGGACAAAGAUGGAAACAACUUCUUCCAUUACUUCGGUGAAUAUGCUGGAUUUAUUAAUGGUCUUCAGCCCCAUUAUGACUUGGAUGUUCUUGUGAAGAAACGACAUGAGGAUAUUGCUAAACAAAUGUGGAAAAGUGUCGAGUCGAUUUCAAUUAAUUUUAUGCUUGAUAUUGAAAGAAUUAUCAAUCUGCCCAAUUGUCAGGGUAUUAUUCCUUUAUAUUUUGGAGUUUUCAGCGCAAUAAAAUAUCAAAAGGACGCCAUGGUUCGCGAAAAGAAGCUGAUUUUGGCCGGAAUUGAAUAUGUUCAAAAUAACGGCUCGGGGAUAUAUGGCUCUCCCAGUUACAACGAGUAUUCAAACAAAAACAAAAAAAAGAGAUAUCCUAGAAAAUUAUUCGACAAGGUUACCUUGCCAGUAAUUGUCAAUUUACAGUUUGACUUUAAGUUAUGGAUUGAGCUCAUGGAUGGUAUGGUGACCAAGUUUAGGCCCAGAAUGAAUGAAGUUGUUGGUUUGCCUAAAGACUUUAAGAAGAGCAAUCCCAAAUCGACCAAGAAGGACUAUCCUCUAUUAACUGGCUAUACGGCUCUCCAUAUCGCUGCUGAAUCUCAAUGUGUUGAUUUAAUACAAUUUCUUUUGGCAAAUGGUUGUGAACCCAAUAUCAAAGUCCAGCUGAACGACGAAAUCCUUUCGGGAGACACGCCUAUUAUUAUUGCAUAUCGUCUUAAAAAAGAUUCUCAUCAAGAGUUACCUGACCAAUCUUUGGAAUCUGCUAAAAGAUUGAAGAUAUGCUUUACCAUUUCUAAACCGGAUUUUAAGAAAAUGCUUCAUCAAACAAUCAAGACUUUAAUCCAGUUUAACGCUUGUCCAUUCAUUACCAACUCCUUGAAAAUAUCUCCUAUUAUGAAUGCUUCUGCUAGAUUGGACGAUAAAAAUCUUGCUGAGAUGUGCAGGAGCAAGUGUUCAGAUGAUGCGAAUAUUGAUCAAUUAAACGAAAAAGAUGAAAGUGCUUUGAUGAUAGCCGUUAAAUCGAUUGCUUCUAAAAUAUCCCAGGACAAAAACUAUACUGUUGGAAGCAUUGAAUCUCUCUUAAAAGCUGGCUCAAACCCCAAUGUUAUUUUCGAAAAUGGUGAUAGUGUAUUGAUCAAGAUUGUCAGAACUGCUAGUUUUUCCCUACUCCAAGCUUUUCUCCAAAGCUCAAUUGUAGCUAUUAAUCACGAUCUUAAGACAAAAAAACUUGAAAAUGCUUUGAUAAUUGUCUGCAAGUCAAACGUACUCGAUUUUGUUUCUUAUUAUCUACAAUACUUGAGAAACACCUCUGUCUCGUGCGAUGUCAAUUGUAUGGAUGUUGAGGGUAAUACAGCGCUAUCUUAUGCAGCUAAGAAUGGAAAUCUUCAAGCUGUCAAUGAUUUGCUUCUACUUGGCGCAGAUCCAAACUUUAAUGAUGGUCGACAUAUUCCGCUUUUCGAGGCUACCCAUAGUCAGGACAUUAAUAUAGUCGAAUUGCUUUUAAAGCACGGUGCGAGUGUAAAUAGCAGGGACAAAGCAACUGGAAAUUCUGCUCUUCAUAACUCAAUCCUUACCGAAAAACAUAAGAUCGUCAAGCUACUUUUAGAAAAUGGCGCGGAUUUUGAAUCAACGAACUCGAGAAAGCAAACACCCAUGCAUCUGGCAAUUGAAACAACAAAGAAACAGAUAAAUCGGUCCUUCCGUGUUGAGCGUCUUUUGAUGAAAGCAGGUGCCAAUGCAAAUGCCGUUGAUUUUUUCGGCCGAACACCUCUCCAUUAUGUAUUUGUUGACAGUGAAUUAAUACCCUUAACACGUAAUACUGGCAUAUUAUCUAAAAAAGUCAAGAAAAUAGCUAAGGAGCUAAAAGCUAAGCAAGAAAAAAUUCAGUAUUUAAAUGCCUAUGCCCACAAGUUCGAUCUCGAUCAAGCUUCUGAAUUACCUGGUGAUAGUACAGAUUCUCUAAAUGUUUGGAUGAAAGUUGCAAAAGAGACACAACUUUAUGAGGCUGAAUGUACAGAAAAUCAUGAAAAAAGCAAAGUCGAUGGUAUUAUUGUAUUGGACCAGGAAAGAGAGUCACUAAAGUCAUACUGUGAUUGCAAGUGGGAAGAAGCUACAGUAUAUCCAGCAAGAUCUGAUCCUAUUGAUAUACUUACUUAUCUAUCAGACUUCAAAGAGUUGCAGCUUGAUAUUAAAGAUGAAUUUGGGAGAACUCCUUUUCACUAUGCUGCUUGCGUUGGUGCAUUCAGUUGUACAUCUCUCCUUAUUAAAAAUAAGAUUGACAUCAAUGCAAUAGAUUCUGAUAAUAAUGGUCCACUUCAGCUGGCUCUCAGGAGUAACUUUGUUGACUACUCGGUUAUGCUUUGUAAUUAUGGUGCUAACGUCAGCAAUAGUAUCGUUCUAAAAAAUGGGGAAUCCAUGUCUACCUUUGGUUUUAGUUUAUCACAAUCUCUUAUUAAUAUGGCCUACUUAGCCAUCGAUAGCGGUAUCACCCUUAUGGAAUCCAUCAGGGACGCAUUAAAAAACGGAAAAUUUCACAUGGUUGAAAUUUUGUUAGGAUCCGCUCAAGAUGAUUCCCUUUCUCAAGAAUUAUUCGACGGUCAGAAUAUCUGGCAUGUUGUUUCCAAUUUUAGGCCAUUUAACACUGAAAUCUGGGAGGAAUAUGUAGAGGACAUAAUCGAAAAACUCCUGUCUCUCAAUCUAUCUAUUCAUCUUGACGCUAACCGUAGAUCGCCCAUUAGUUAUGCUGCAGAGAAUGGGCAAUCAUUGUUACUUAAACAAUUACUUUCCAUGGACAAAACUCAAGUUCAAACUAUUGACAAGGACGGAAAAUCCCCAAUUGAUUACGCCGUUGAUUCCAAAAACCUCGCUUGUGUCAAGGAGCUUUUAUUUGCUGGAGCAAGUGUCAUUAACACCAGCGGAUUCCAAAAGCCUUCUCUUGUUUUAAAAUCUGUACAAGCAGGCAGUCAUGAUAUCACUGAAAUUUUAUUACGAUAUAACUCACCCAUCAACGAAGAUAACAACUAUGGUCUUACCAGUCCUAUUAUGAUUGCGUGUCAAAAGAAAGAUUUGAACCUGGUGAAACUUCUAAUUUCAAGCGGUGCGGAUGUAAAUGUACCUUGCUAUGUUGAAAGAACAGAUGAAACGGGAAAAAAGUAUAGAGUCCUUCUUUAUCCUAUAUUUGCUGCUUCUUAUCCAAAGUCAUUAUUGCUAAAGGAAUUGUUAAAAGCUGGCGCUAAUCCUAAUGUCAACGGCCCUGAAUCAAAACCGGAACUUGGUAGAUCUUGCUUCAUGUAUAAUGUUUUCCUUGAUUCAGUUGAAAAUCAAGAGACAUUACUUGAAUACGAUAUUGACUUAAAUGUUGUUGAUUCAAUAUCACGUCGUACUAUAUUUUAUCAAUUUUUCUUUGGAAAAAUGAAAUACAUAGAGAAGUUUGAAGACGGUGCCAACAAUGACAAUGACAGGUUAAACUUUAAAGACAUCAUUUUUGAAAAAAUGAUUGAAUCAUUCAAACCCAAUGUUAAUUUUGUCGAUAACAUAACCGGUAUGACACCUCUUGAACUUGCAAUACUUGAGAAAAAUGCAAUUGUAGUAGAGCAAUUACUUCUGCUUGGGGCUGAUGUUAAUAUUAAAAGUUGCAAUACCACUGAUCAUUUUAUUUCUUCAAAAAUGAUGAACCCUUCCAGAAAACCUGUUCCUGCAGUACUUCACGUGAUCAUGCAAAACAAUCUAGAUAUGCUUGACCUACUUUGCAAAAGAGCUCAAAACAAAGUGGAUUGGAGAUGGAUCGAUGAUGAAAAUCGCAAUAUUUUUUCAUAUCUUGUUGGAUGUAAUGGCGGUUUCUCUCACGAAAAUGAUGUUCUUAUGAGCUAUAUAAUUGCUGAAAUUGAUAUCAUAACACUACAAACUCUGUUACAGAUGAGGGAUAUAUAUGAUAUGUCUCCAGUCUGCUAUGCUUUUGAAAGAAAGAAUAAGUCGCUAUAUGAUGCUCUGAGAAGACUAAGAAUUAGAUACAAUAUUACUCGACGCAAUAUAUCUGCACAUAAUGAUGGUCCAUCAAUGGAAAUUGAUUUUAUUUCAACCCAACAGGUCGAUCUAGAUGCUCAAAUUGAACGUGAAAUUUUGCAAAAAGAAAAAGACCUUGCAAAGCCAAAAGACUCUUUGGUUACAGACGAUGAUUGUAAUGUAGCGACUAUAGUGGAUGCUUAUUCUAAUUUGGAGAAGGUUGGCUAUGUUAUGGUGGACGAAAACAAUGGACCCUAUGAUACUAUGCUGAUCAAGGUUGAACUUCCAAGUUAUGGCCAAUUCACUGACACAUGGUUCUAUAAGAUGAGCAUAAUUCACAACAAAGUUUUAAAUCUCAACAUUCUUUGGACUCGUUGGGGAAAGCUUGGAGACGAAGGGCAACAUCAAAAAACGCCGUUUUUGAGCCUCGAAGAAGCUGUCAUCGAAUUUAAAAAAAUCUUCAAGUCUAAAACUGGCAACACGUGGGAAAAUAGUCAAACAUCUUUUGUGCAAAAGCAAAAUUGUUAUGGUAUUCUCAAGAAAUACAGUCACCCGAAGGAUAAGCUUAUGGAGAACUUUGAUUUUCUAAAUUCUACUCUACCUGUACAUUUACCUUUUGAGGUUUCAAAUGUCAUGAAACUCAUCUGUAAUUUCACCUAUCUGUCAAGGGUUUAUUCUGAUACAUCUAUUGAUAUGCCUCUGGGUCAAGUCCCUCAAAAGACAAUUGAGAAAGCACGGGACUUGCUAAAUAGUGUCAAGUAUAUGUCGGCUAAAUUAAUUGAAGCUAGAGGGCAUCCUUACGAUAGAUCCAAAAUUGGCGAAGUUAAAACAUGGGAAUUUAAAAUUGCUCAAAAGUGUGUUGAGUAUGCCCGACUGCUACCUCGUAUCGGUGAGAGCAAUAUGCCAGCAAGAAGACUUUUUGAUGAUUACUAUGAUGAUUUCAAGAAAGAGUGUUCAAGAGUAGAGGAUUUAAGCUAUGUUAGCUUUGCUGCUAAUGUCAUACUUGCCGCCAGGCUUCAUCUAGAUAGUAUUCAUCCAUUUCAAUACGUGUACCAGACGUUGAACUGUUCUCUGAAAACAUUGUCAUGCUCAUCCGAAUAUCAAAUGAUCAAGAAUUACAUGCAGUCUACUUCUAAUGGUAGCAACGAACUAGUUCAUCUUUUGGCUGUUAACCGUACCGAAGAAGAAAGUCGAUUUGACCCGUACAAGGCAGAGUCUAAUCGUAAACUUUUAUGGCAUGGAUCCCGUGUGGGUAAUGUUUUGGGUAUACUGAAACAGGGUCUCCGAGUUAGUCCAAAGACUUCAUCUUCUAAUGGUGCUAUGCUUGGCAAUGGCAUUUAUUUCGCCGACACUUUCUCGAAAUCCUUAAAUUACGCCAAUGAAGACUAUGGAUCUCAUCAAUCAGACUAUAAGAUUUUGUUAUUAUGUGAGGUUGCACUUGGUUCGAAGACGGCGGUCUAUGAAAAUUAUCUCAGUACAAACAAUACCGAUAAAUUACACUCCAUGAAAGGUGAAGGAAGUAACGUACCCGAUCCCAGCAAUGCCUUAUACAAUAAUGACGGUGUAUGUAUUCCUAUGGGCCCAUGUGUACCCUUUUCUCGUCCUAGUUCUAUAAGCGGUCAGCCACCGUUACUCGGCUAUAAUGAAUUUGCUGUCUAUGAUGUAGACCGUGUCAAGAUUCGUUACCUUUUAAUAGUUCGAGAAUCAACCAAGUGUUAUUUGUGUUCUGCAUCCAAUCAGCAUAAUCUAAAAUCUCUUUACAAGCACAAUGUUAAAGCUCACAACCUUUCUGCAUUUAAUACCUUUGAAGGCGAAGUGAUUAAGGCAUACUUAUCGUACGAAAAAUUGUCACCCCAGGAUAUCUUUGAACAAGGACUAGGCAAUCUUAUUGAGACUGGAGAGUACAAAAAAAAAUGGAACGUUCCACUGGAUUUAACUAAAGAAAGUAAAGUUUGCCAUACAUGUGCUUUAGAUAUUGCGACUAUUCUCCUUGAAAAGAGGAUGACUAGUAGUACUAUUGAUAUUCCUGACUCCCUCAGAACUAGGCCAUACUGUCGAUAUGGAAAAGAAUGCCGAUCACAAGUUAGAAUUAAUCACGCUAAGAAAUACCAACACUGGCUUAGGGAAAACAUUUCCGAAGAAAGCGGCGAGUCUCAAACAUUAGAAAAUGCUGAACCUAAACUCGAUUUGGCAGCUGAUACCGAAGACGAAGAAAGUCAUUCGGAAGAAACCGAAGAUGAGGACGAGGAUGAAGAUUUAAUGGAAACUGAUGACGAAUAACUUAAUAGGUUCUCCAUAUAUGCCCCCUUUUAAACAUUUUCCCAAUAAAUUUUAUGCACUAUGCACAUUCCUUUCUA